AUGGAUCAAAUCCCCCCUCCGAAGGAGGUUAAGAUCCUCGAAACAGCUGAGGAUAUCCAAGAACGUCGUCAGGAAGUCUUAUCCCGUUACGACAACUUCAAAGCCGAUGCUAGAGCAAAGAGAGAAAAGUUAGAAGAUUCCAGACGGUUCCAAUACUUCAAGAGAGAUGCCGAUGAAUUGGAAUCAUGGAUUUUGGAGAAAUUGCAGGCAGCUAGUGACGAAAGUUACAAAGAUCCUACCAAUUUGCAAGCUAAGAUUCAGAAACAUCAAGCCUUCGAAGCUGAAGUUGCUGCCCAUAGCAAUGCUAUCGUCGUUUUAGACAAUACUGGUAGAGAGAUGAUUAAUCAAAACCAUUAUGAGAGCGAAACCAUCAGAAGACGUUUGGAGGAACUUCAUAGACUUUGGGAACAACUUCUUUCCAAACUGGCCGAAAAAGGCACCAAACUCCAACAAGCUCUCGUUCUUGUCCAGUUUAUUCGUCACUGUGACGAAGUUAUGUUCUGGAUUAACGAAAAAAGCGCUUUUCUUUCCGCCGAAGAAUUUGGCCAUGAUUUAGAACACGUAGAAGUAUUGCAGCGCAAAUUCGAUGAAUUCCAAAAGGACAUGGCUUCCCAAGAAUACCGAGUUACAGAAGUCAAUGAAUUGGCUGAUAAAUUGCUACAUGACGGACACCCAGAGAGAGACCAAAUUAUUACAAGAAAAGAAGAAUUAAACAAUGCUUGGCAACGCCUCAAACAAAUGACGUUGAUGCGUCAAGACAAACUAUAUGGCGCUCAUGAAAUCCAGCGUUACAACAGAGAUGCCGACGAAACUGUUGCUUGGAUCGCCGAAAAGGACGUUGUGCUAUCUUCAGAUGAUUACGGUAGAGAUUUGGCAAGUGUGCAAGCUUUGCAGCGUAAGCACGAAGGAGUUGAAAGAGAUUUGGCAGCUUUGGAAGAUAAAGUAUCUACAUUGGGUAAAGAAGCAGAUAGAUUGGGAGCUAUCCACGACGACCAUGGCGAUGUCAUUCAAGCCAAGAGGUCAGAAAUUGAAGAUUAUUGGCACAGUUUGACUGCAAAAGCCAAAGAAAGACGCGAAAAGUUGGAAGAAUCAUACGCCCUUCACCGCUUCCUAGCCGAUUUCAGAGACUUGGUCCACUGGAUCAACGAUAUGAAAGCCAUUAUUUCCGCAGACGAACUGGCGAAAGAUGUUGCAGGAGCCGAAGCCUUGUUAGAAAGACAUCAAGAACACAGAGGCGAAAUUGACGCUAGAGAAGACAGCUUUAAAGCCACCACCGAAGCUGGUCAAGCUCUCUUAGACAAAGGACAUUAUGCCAGUGACGAAGUAAAAGAAAAACUUUCUAUGUUGGACUCUGACAAGAAAUCUUUGAUUGCACUUUGGGAUGAAAGACGUAUUUUAUAUGAGCAGUGUAUGGACUUGCAAGUCUUCUACAGAGACACAGAACAGGCUGAUACGUGGAUGGCAAAACAAGAAGCUUUCUUAGCCAACGAAGACCUUGGCGAUUCUUUGGACUCUGUUGAAGCUCUUAUCAAGAAACACGAAGAUUUUGAAAAGUCUUUGGCAGCACAAGAAGAGAAGAUUAAAGCAUUAGAUGAAUUUGCUACCAAGUUGAUAGAUGGAGAACAUUAUGCAGCUGAUGAUGUAGCUCAAAGACGCGCUAUGCUUUUGGAACGUCGCAAGGCUCUUAAAGAAAAAUCUAGCAUUCGCAGAGAAACUCUGGAGGACGCUUACAAACUACAACAGUUUGAAAGAGAUUGUGAUGAAACCAAAGGGUGGAUUAACGAAAAACUUAAAUUCGCAACCGACGAGAGUUAUUUGGAUCCUACUAAUUUGGGAGGCAAGGUACAGAAACAUCAAAAUUUCGAACAAGAACUUAAUGCCAACAAAUCGAGAAUGGAAGAUAUUACAUCAACUGGGCAAGAACUCAUCGAGGCUGACCAUUAUGCUGCACCUCGUAUUCAAUCAAGAAUGGAAGAGAUUGUCAACCUCUGGGAGACUUUGGUCCAAGCAACAGAUAAAAAGAAUUCAAAACUUCAAGAAGCCAGCCAACAGCAACAAUUCAACAGAACAAUCGAAGAUAUCGAGCUGUGGCUAUCUGAGAUUGAAGGUCAGCUUAUGUCAGAAGAUUAUGGCAAAGAUCUGACCUCAGUGCAAAAUUUACAAAAGAAACAUGCUUUGUUGGAGGGAGAUGUCGCAUCCCAUCAAGAUAGAAUCGAAAGCAUCACUUCUGCUGCUAACCAGUUUUGUAGAAAGAGGCCAUUUUGAUGCCGACAACAUCGCUCACAAACAAAAGGUUUUGACCGACAGAUAUGCAGCUCUUCAAACGCCGAUGGCCGUUAGAAAGCAAAGGUUGUUGGAUUCUCUUCAAGUUCAACAGUUGUUUAGGGAUGUUGAGGAUGAAGAAGCUUGGAUUAGAGAAAAGGAACCUGUUGCUGCAAGCACAAAUAGAGGUCGUGAUUUGAUUGGAGUACAAAACUUGAUCAAGAAACACCAGGCAGUCUUGGCCGAAAUUAACAACCAUGAAGGUCGUAUAAGAGCCGUCAUUGACGCCGGUAAGCAGAUGAUGGAAGAUGAACACUUUGCUAGUGAUGAAAUCAGAAAUAGAGUAAAUGCUCUUAAUGACCACUGGGACUCUCUUAAGGAAAAAUCCACUCAACGCAAACAAGACCUCGAAGAUUCUCUUCAAGCCCACCAAUAUUACGCUGAUGCCAACGAGGCUGAAUCUUGGAUGAGAGAAAAAGAGCCAAUUGUCAGUAACACUGAUUACGGAAAGGACGAAGAUUCCUCUGAAGCUCUUUUGAAAAAACACGAGGCGUUGAUGAGCGAUUUGGCUGCCUUUGGAAACACAAUCGACGCGUUGAAAGAACAAGCUCGUAGCUGCAGGCAACAAGAGCCGCCAGUAGUUGAUGUAACUGGAAGAGAAACUGUUCAGGCUUUGUAUGAUUACACAGAAAAAUCUGCCAGAGAAGUUUCGAUGAAGAAAGGAGAUUUGCUUCACUUGUUGAAUUCAAAUAACAAGGAUUGGUGGAAAGUCGAAAUUCACGAUCGUCAAGGGUUCGUUCCGGCUGCAUACGUAAAGAAAGUCGACGCCGGCUUGACAGCUUCACAACAAAACCUCUUGGACAGCAACUCGAUCUCGGCCAGACAGAACCAGAUCAACCAACAGUAUGACAGACUUCUACAGUUGGCCAACGAACGUCGCACCAAGCUCGACGAAACGGUCAAAGCCUACGUCCUUGUUAGAGAAGCAGCUGAAUUGGCGGGAUGGAUUAAAGAUAAGGAAAUGCAUGCCCAAGUCGAAGAUGUCGGAGAAGACCUAGAACAAGUUGAGGUUUUACAGAAGAAAUUCGACGAUUUCCAAACAGAUUUAAAAGCAAACGAAGUUAGAUUGGCGGAAAUGAACGAAAUAGCAAUGCAACUUGUCUCGCUUGAUCAGACCGAGGCUGCCAUGAAGAUUAGAACCCAAAUAGACGAUUUGAAUACCAAAUGGACAGACUUGCAAAAAUUGACAUCUGAAAGAGCCAACCAGUUGGGAUCAGCUCACGAGGUCCAAAGAUUCCACAGAGACGUUGACGAAACUAAAGAUUGGAUCACUGAAAAAGACGAGGCUUUGAAUAAUGACGAUCUUGGUAAAGAUUUGAGAAGUGUACAAACCUUGCAAAGAAAACAUGAAGGAUUGGAAAGGGAUCUAGCUGCUUUAGGCGACAAGAUCAAACAAUUGGACGAUACUGCCAACCGUCUGGUAAACUCCCAUCCCGAAAGCGCCGAACAAACGAGACUCAAACAAGAAGAAAUCACCGAACUAUGGACCCAAUUGACCGCGAAAGCAAACAGCCGCAAGGAAAAACUACUAGAUUCCUACGAUCUCCAACGAUUCCUCAACGACCACCGCGAUCUAUUGGCUUGGAUCAGCUCUAUGCUUGGAUUGGUCAGUUCCGAAGAGUUGGCCAACGACGUUACUGGCGCAGAAGCUUUGAUUGAACGCCACCAGGAACAUCGCACUGAAAUAGACGCACGCGCAGGAACUUUCCAUGCACUCGAACAAUUCGGUCAACAGCUGCUUAACUCGAAUCACUAUGCAAGCCCCGAAAUACAAGAUAAACUCGAAAAACUCAAUAAAGCCCGUGCUGACCUGGAACGCGCUUGGAUCGACAGACGCCUACAGUUGGACCAAAACUUAGAAUUAAAUCUUUUCUACAGAGACUGUGAACAGGCUGAAAACUGGAUGUCUGACAGAGAAGCCUUCUUGGCUUCUGACGAAGUAGAUAGUAACGGAGACAAUGUUGAAGCAUUGAUCAAGAAACACGAAGAUUUCGACAAAGCUAUUAAUGCCCAUGAGGAGAAAAUCGGUGCCUUGCAGACAUUGGCUGAUCAGUUGAUUGAAAGGGAGCAUUAUGCCGCCAAACCAAUCGAUGACAAACGUAAUCAAGUUCUGGAUAGAUGGCGUCAUCUCAAAGAUGCUCUUAUCGAAAAACGUUCAAAAUUGGGCGAAAGUCAAACCUUGCAGCAAUUCUCUAGAGACGCAGACGAAAUCGAGAACUGGAUAGCAGAAAAACUUCAGUUAGCCACCGAAGAGAGCUACAAAGAUCCCGCCAACAUUCAGUCCAAACACCAAAAACACCAAGCAUUCGAAGCUGAAUUGGCGGCUAACGCAGAUAGAAUUCAAGCUGUGCUGGCAAACGGUGCCAAUUUGAUCAACAAGCAUCAAUGUGCCGGAUCAGAAGAGGCCGUUCAAAAACGUCUUGAAUCCAUUGCCGACCAAUGGGAGUUCUUGACACAGAAAACUACAGAGAAAUCGCUUAAACUUAAGGAAGCCAAUAAACAAAGAACAUUUAUUGCUGCAGUUAAAGAUCUGGACUUCUGGUUGGGUGAAGUCGAGAGCUUGUUGACCAGCGAAGAUGCUGGUAAAGAUUUGACUUCUGUUCAAAAUCUGAUCAAGAAACACCAGUUAGUGGAAGCCGAUAUUCAGCAUCACGAUGAUAGGAUUAAAGAUAUGAACGACCAGGCCGAUUCCCUAGUAAAGAGCGGACAAUUCGAUUCAACAUCCAUUUUAGAAAAACGGGAUUCCAUCAAUUCAAGAUACGAACGAAUCAAGAAUCUGGCUGCCCACCGACAAGCUAGGCUUAACGAAGCAAACACUCUACAUCAGUUCUUCAGAGAUAUCGCUGAUGAAGAAUCUUGGAUCAAGGAAAAGAAACUCUUGGUCGGUUCAGACGACUAUGGCCGCGACUUGACUGGUGUCCAGAACUUGAAGAAGAAACACAAACGUCUAGAAGCCGAACUCGCUUCUCACGAGCCCGCCAUCCAAGCCGUUCAAGAAGCCGGCGAGAAGCUCAUGGACGUCUCUAAUUUGGGAGUCCCCGAAAUCGAACAACGUCUCAAGGCUUUGAACCAAGCUUGGGCUGAAUUGAAACAAUUAGCUGCUACUAGAGGACAGAAGUUGGAUGAAUCUUUGACUUACCAACAGUUCUUGGCCAAGGUCGAGGAAGAAGAGGCCUGGAUUAGUGAGAAACAACAAUUGUUGGGUGUCGAGGAUUAUGGUGAUACUAUGGCUGCUGUGCAAGGAUUGCUGAAGAAACAUGAUGCUUUUGAAACUGACUUCCAGGCUCAUAGAGAUCGCUGCAAGGACAUCAGCGACGAUGGCCAACGACUCGUUUCCGAAGGCAACCAUCACUCUGACAGCAUCAAUCAACGUUGUCAGCAAUUGCAAACCAAAUUGGAUCAUUUGGCGGCUUUGGCUGGUAGACGCAAGGCUAAGUUAGUAGACAAUUCGGCCUAUUUGCAGUUCAUGUGGAAGGCUGAUGUAGUUGAAAGCUGGAUCGCCGAUAAGGAGAGUCAUGUCAAGAGCGAAGAGUUUGGAAGAGAUUUAUCUUCUGUUCAGACCUUAUUGACUAAACAGGAGACCUUUGACGCUGGUCUUACUGCAUUCGAACAUGAAGGUAUUCAAAACAUAACUGCACUUAAAGAUCAACUAAUUUCUUCAAAUCACGACCAAACUCAAGCUAUUGUCCAAAGGCAUCAAGCUGUUAUUUCCAGGUGGCAAAAACUUCUGAACGACUCUGACGCACGUAAGCAACGUCUGCUGCGCAUGCAAGAACAAUUCAAAGAAAUCGAAGAGCUCUUCCUCAUGUUCGCCAAACGUGCGUCCGCAUUCAACUCCUGGUUCGAGAACGCCGAAGAAGAUUUGACAGAUCCCGUGCGUUGUAACUCAAUCGAAGAAAUCCGCGCGUUGAAAGAAGCCCAUUCCCAAUUCCAAGCUUCCUUGUCGAGUGCACAAGCCGACUUUGACGGUUUGGCCGCGCUAGAUCAACAGAUCAAGAUGUUCAACGUCGGACCGAAUCCUUACACUUGGUUCAAUAUGGAAGCAUUGGAAGAUACUUGGAGGAAUUUACAGAAGAUCAUAGCCGAGAGGGAUGUUGAGUUGAACAAGGAGGCGCAGAGACAAGAGGAGAACGAUAAGCUUAGAAAGGAGUUCGCUAAGCAUGCUAAUGCUUUCCACCAGUGGUUGACGGAGACACGUACCUCCAUGAUGGAGGGCUCAGGUUCUCUGGAGCAGCAACUGGAAGCGACGAAACGUAAAGCGGCGGAAGUACGUGCUCGUAGAUCAGAUCUGAAGAAGAUAGAGGACCUAGGAGCUAUUCUCGAGGAACAUCUCAUCUUGGACAACAGAUACACCGAACAUUCUACUGUCGGUUUGGCUCAGCAAUGGGAUCAAUUGGAUCAGUUGGGUAUGAGGAUGCAGCACAAUUUGGAACAGCAGAUACAAGCGAGAAACCAGUCCGGUGUAAGCGAGGAUGCCCUAAAAGAGUUCUCCAUGAUGUUCAAGCACUUCGACAAAGAAAAAUCCGGAAAACUCAACCAUCAAGAGUUCAAGAGUUGUCUCCGAGCUCUUGGAUACGAUUUACCUAUGGUGGAAGAAGGCCAACCUGAUCCAGAAUUUGAUGCCAUAUUGGAUGUAGUGGAUCCGAAUCGAGACGGUCACGUUUCUCUACAGGAAUACAUGGCCUUUAUGAUAAGUAAAGAAACUGAGAACGUCCAGAGUUCCGAGGAAAUAGAGAAAGCAUUUAGGGCAAUAACGGCAGGAGAUCGUCCAUAUGUCACCAAAGAGGAAUUAUAUGCCAAUCUUACCAAGGAAAUGGCGGACUACUGUGUGGCGAGGAUGAAGCCUUACGUAGAGCCGAAGACAGAACGUCCCAUCCAGGGAGCUUUGGACUAUAUCGAGUUCACACGCACACUUUUUCAAAAUUAGUUAGGUUCCGGCUUAGUCGCUUACUCUUGCUAAACGUUAGUUAGAUAGUAUAAUAUUAUUAUUGCAAUAAGAAACAAAUAUUUAUUGAAGAUUAUAUAUUUCAGAUUAUAUAUAUUUAUUGUUCCGUAUAUUCUUUUAACAUUUUUUAUGUGUGAACUGUUCUUACACUAUUUUUAUGGGCUUCAUGGCUUUAAUAUUGGGACAAGAUAUAUUAAAAAGUGUUCAUUUUAAUAUUAAUAUAGUUUUUUUAUCUUUUAAUUGUACUUGAGAUGUUUCUCAAAUAUAUAACUUUGCUUCAUC